AGGAGCCACACGAUUCGAUUCUGCCAAUAACGUCUCCCAAGUCUCGCCAUUUAUUUAUCAUGUCAAUUCACUACACAAAAAUCUCAAACAACAUCUACUCCCUUUUCCAGAAUUUUACCACUCCAGUCCCGAGAGAGAAACAAGCUUUUCUAGUGUUUAGGAUGAUUCGUUAUCAAACAAUGAUUUGAUUCAAUCGCAACUGAAAUUUGAAAGUCAUCAACUUUGGUGGGUUGUUUUGAUUUAGCAGAGUCUCGUUCGAAAUCAAUUGGUUGCCUGUGAUAUUAUUAGUACACUCUGUUUUGGUUGGUGGUGGGCUUCUUCAUUCAACUUUUAAGGAUUUUGUUUCCAUUUCUGUGGGUUUUGAGCAGAGAAGAUUAAAUGACAAUGUUGCCUGUUUGCUCAGCCACCACCAUCUCUUCUCAUUCCCAGCUUGCUUUACAUGGAAGGUUUCCAUUCUUUGCUGCUUAUCGGAAGGCAUUCGAGGUUAAAUGCAUUGUGGAAGACAGAGUUGUUUCGUGCUUAUCAAAUGGAAUUCAUCUUCAAGGAAUUUCCUUCAAAUCAAAAGUUGCUACAUCUUUCUGCUCUAAUAUUACUGAAACCGCUGAACAAUCUGCUUCCAUGGACUUCAUUAACAUGUCUUCCUACCAAAAUGUAUUAGAUGCCAGUAAGUGUGAAUUUUCCACUAACCGGAGUUACUCAAUUGGUGCAAUAAAUGAACCACACCCUGUAGAGAUAGGAGAUCUGAAAUUCGUAGAAAGUUCUAGUGUAACCAUCAGAGAAGAGGAACUCGUGGACUUUACAGAACGUCUGGUGGAGAAUACUAAUAUUGUACCAAAGCCUGCUGAUCCUCAAACCAUAACAACUAUUGAUGUUAUUCAAGAAGAUCCCACCUCGGUAUCCAAGUCCUUGAACAUGGAUAAUGAUUCAUUAUCCAGUGUAAAAACAAAUGUUGAAGAUAUUUUUGCUGGGGUCAAUGAAACUAUUAGAGAUUCGGCCAAUAAGGGAGAAAAUGCUCUGAAAAAAUCACUUGAUGCAAUUACUACCUCAAUGAUAUCUGCUCUUAAUGGUGUUAAUGAAUCAGUUGAUAAUGCAGUCAGUAAAGGGAUCUCAGCUGUUGAUGAAAUGGGAAAAUUAGCCGGUAAUAGAUUGACAAGCUUCUCCAAUGACUUGAAGGAAGCCUUAAGCAAAGCAGGUAUUAUUGCUGUUGAUGUGCUGAGACAUACAGUUGUUGCAGUUGAGGAUUCUCUAACACAGGGGGGAAACUUUGUUGUUUAUGGGUAUGGGUCCACAAAGGAAUUGCUUCCUUCAGAGAUCCAGAAUUUGCUAAAUUUGUCUGAAGACAGGGCAAUAAAAAUCUUGAAGCCAUUUGGUACAGCAGUUCAACAGGUUUACAUUGCUUUAGAUUGGUUGGAGAGAAGUCUUGGCUUGGAUCCCAAUGAUCCAGUUGUCCCAUUCGUUCUUUUCCUUGGAACAUCGGUCACUUUAUGGGGUUGUUAUUGGGUAUUGACAUAUGGUGGAUACGCUGGAGAUUUAUCUCCAAAGUCGACUUUGGAGCUCUUGACAAGGAAGGAAAAUGUUGUACUCAUUGAUGUCCGGCCUGAGGUUCUCAGGGAAAGAGAUGGCAUUCCUGAUCUUCGACGCGCGGCUCGGUUUCGAUAUGCCAAUGUAACACUACCUGAGGUUGAUGUCUCGGUACAGAAGUUAUUGAAGAGUGGAAGAGACCUUGAGGACACCUUGAUUGCUGCUGUCACCCGGAACUUGAAAAUUGUUCAAGACAGGUCCAAGGUCAUUGUUAUGGAUGCUGAUGGUACUCGCUCCAAGCGCAUUGCAAGAUCACUGAGGAAACUUGGGUUAAAGAGACCAUACCUGGUCCAAGGUGGCUUUCAGUCUUGGGCAAAAGAGGGUCUCCGUAUUAAGGAGCUAAAACCAGAGACAACACUUACCAUAUUCAAUGAGGAAGCUGAGGCAAUCCUAGAGGAUAUCAGCCCUACUCCAUUACAAGUUCUUGGUUAUGGAAUGGGUUUUACUGCAGCAGCUUAUGCAUUACUAGGACCUUCUUACGGGAAUGAAGAUUGGUCUUGGUAGAGAAAGAGGUGGUCUGUACUACUUGGAUAUGAAUUUGGCUUCGAAUGGAAAAACAAAUCAAAUAGUUGGCAAGUCAACAUCAGAAGAGCAGAUUUGGCUAUGGCACAAAAGAUUAGGACACCUCUCAUUUAGCUAUUUGCAUAAAUUGUUUCCAUCUUUAUUCUCCAGAAUUGAUGUUUCUAAUUUUCAUUGUGAUAGUUGUGUGUUAGCCAAAUACCAUCGCACUUCUUUUCCUUCAAGUUUUAAUAAAAAUUUUGUGCCUUUCUCAAUUAUUCAUAGUGAUGUGUGGGGGCCAUCUCGUGUUCCUAAUCAUUUAGGUUCUAAAUGGUUUGUUUCCUUAGAUUACACUCGUGUUUCAUGAAUCUAUUUGUUAAAAGAAAAAAGUGAUGUUUUUGCCACCUUCCAAUCCUUUCACCCAAUGGUUUUGACCCAGUUUAACACGAGAGUACAGGUUAUACGAUCAGAUAAUGGAGGGGAGUAUUUUAAGAGAGGGCUUAGUGUCCAUUUUCAGGCUCAUGGCAUCAUUCAUCAAACUUCGUGUGUUGAUAUACCUUAGCAGAAUGGAGUAGCAAAGCGUAAGAAUCGCCAUCUCUUAGAGGUUGCUAGGUCAUUACUCUUUGCUAUGAACGUUCCUAAAACUUUCUAGGGAGAUGCUGUCCUUAUUGCAACAUAUCUCAUUAAUAGAAUGCCUUCAAAAAUUCUUCAGUUUCAAACUCCUCUUCAGACAUUAUCCAAAACACACGCUAUUCCAACUCUUCUUCACAUUCCACCUAAAAUGUUUGGUUAUGUUUGUUAUACUCGUAUCCACAAACAACAGUGGAGUAAGCUGGAUCCGAGAGCACUCAAGUGUAUUUUCUUGGGGUAUUUUGCCACAGAAAAGGGAUACAAAUGCUAUCACCCUCCUUCAUAUAAGAUAAUUGUUUCCAUGGACGUUACUUUUGUUGAAAAUCAGGCUUACUAUUCAGGGGGAGAUUCAAAUGCUUCUCUUCAGGGGGGAGAAUUUGGUAAAUGAAGAGAAGUUUUGGGAGGUGUUGCCAUUACCAUUAACAAGUGUAUCAUCAUCUAUUGAAACUUCUGCAUCGACUUCAAAGGAAUCUCUUGAAAAUUCUACACCGACUCCAAAGAAAUUCCUUGAGCCACACAGAUUUGUAUACUCAAGAAGGGAGAAGACACAGACAAAUCAACCACCUCUUAAUCAACCCAAUGACCAAUUAAGUGCUCCUGUGACUGGUAAUCCUGAGGUAGUUCCUUCCUCUAAACUCUUUAUUGAUACUUCUACUAAUGAGUCAGCUCAUUUACCUAUUGAUCAACUUGAUCAACCACAUGAUGCUACUGAAUUAGUUAUUGAGAAUCAGGCACGUUAUCCCACUCGAGAAAGAAAACCUCCCUCUCGUUUUAGUCUUUCAGUUGUAAAAUAUCCCAUCUCUUAUUAUGUAUCUUCACAUCAUUUAUCUUCAUCUUAUAAAAUAUUUGCAAACCAGUUAUCAUCCGUGUCAGUCCCUAAUAAGUUACAGGAAGCUCUUUACAACCCCAAGUGGAAAGCUACCAUGAUUGAAGAAAUGGAAGCUUUACAGAAAAAUUCUACAUAGGAACUUGUUGAGCUACCAAAGGGAAAGAAGAUAGUUGGUUGCAAAUGGGUAUUCACAGUGAAGCAUAAGGUAGAUGGUUCAUUGGAGAGGUUCAAAGCAAGAUUGGUAGGUAAAGGUUAUACCCAAACCUAUGGGAUAGACUAUCAAGAAACAUUUGCACCGGUGGCGAAGAUAAAUACAAUAAGGGUCCUCUUAUCCUUGGCUGCAAAUUUAGAGUGGCCUCUUCAGCUGUUUGAUGUGAAGAAUGCAUUUCUUCACGGCGAUUUAGAGGAAGAACUAUAUAUGGACUUUCCUCCAGGUUUUGUUAAUUCCUCUAAAAGAGGUAAGGUAUGUAGAUUAAGGAAAUCCUUGUAUGGACUCAAGCAGUCACCUAGAGCUUGGUUUAGCAAGUUUACUCUGGCCAUGAAGAAAUAUGGAUACCACCAGAGCCAGUCGGAUCACACUCUCUUUCUUAAACAUUCACUUGGAUGUAAGAUUACUGCCUUAAUCGUGUACGUGGAUGAUAUUGUGGUGACUGGUAGUGAUGGUGAGGAGAUGGGUAAGCUGAAAGCAUAUCUGGCAAAAGAAUUUGAGAUCAAAGACCUUGGGUCUUUACGAUAAUUUUUGGGUAUUGAAGUUGCUAGGUCAAAGAAGGGGAUCUCUGUUUCCCAACGAAAAUAUGUCUUAGACUUAUUGGCUGAGACUGGAAUGUUGGCUUUCAAACCUGUUGAUACUCCAAUUGAACAAAAUCACAGGUUAGGUGAAUACACAAAUGAUACACCUAUAGACAGAGAGAGAUACUAAAGGUUGGUUGGGAAGCUAAUAUAUUUGGCACAUACUCGCCCUGACAUAGCCUAUGCGGUGAGUGUAGUAAGUUAGUUCAUGCAUGCUCCUUACGAAACACACAUGUUGGCUGUACACAGGAUUCUCAGGUAUUUAAAAUCAGCUCCUGGGAAAGGUCUGCUAUUCUCCAACCAUGGUCAUCUCGAAGUGGAAGGAUAUACAGAUGUUGAUUGGGCAGGAUGUGUAAUAGAAAGAAGAUCAACUUCAGGAUACUGCACCUUUGUGGGAGGGAAUCUAGUCACGUGGCGUAGUAAGAAACAAUCUGUUGUGGCCAGAUCCAGUGCUGAAGUAGAAUUUAGAGUCGUGGCUGAUGGUAUAUGUGAGAUGUUGUGACUGAAGGCUUUGUUAAAGGAGCUGGGCUUUAAUUCUACGGAUCCAAUGAAGCUUUUCUGUGAUAACAAAGCUGCCAUUAGCAUUGCUCACAAUCCAGUUCAACAUGAUCGUACUAAACACGUUGAAGUGGAUAGACACUUUAUCAAGGAGAAGUUGAUAGGUGGAUUAAUUUGCACUCCGUUUGUGAAGACAAAACAUUAGCUUACAGAUUUUUUGACAAAGGGAGUGUCAAGUACGACUUUCAAUUAGGCACUUGACAAGCUAGGCAUUCGUGACAAUGCUCCAGCUUGAGGGGGAGUGUUGGAAGAUAUAUAUAUUAUUUCCCUUUAUUUUAGGGAUUUAAUUGAUUUCUCAUUAUGGUAAAUUAGAACAAGAUUGUAGGACAGAUUAAUUUGCAGUAAAUUAGGAUAGACUGAUUGCUUUAAAUUAGGAACAAAUUUGUAGGAAUAUUUUUUAUUCUUUUCCUUGUAUAGCUUUCCCUCUUUCCUAUAUACACUUGUACAAGAUGUUAAUGUUAAUAUAUGAGGCAGGAUAUUUUACAGAGAGAAUUUCUACAAGAAGCUCCCAAUCUGAGAGUCCACUUUAGAAACCCAUCUACUAUCCCACAUAACAAGGAUGCCUCCCGAGGAGCCUAUAGCAUCCAAAGCCAACCACUCCACACAUCUUCCACUUCAAAUACUUCUAACAAUCAAAUCCGACAUCGCGGCGAUCUUGGUUUCUUGCAAACACACCACAUGACAACCCCACUUCUAGACAGUUGACUUCACCACUUCCUUUUAUCCGGGUCAUUGAGACCCCGAACAUUCUAUGAUAACAAUCGUAGCUUCAUAGGGAAACAAUUGAGUUUUCCUUCCCUCUUCUCUUCCCUCCACCCCUCUCCCUUGACCCCCUAUUCCUCCUUUCAUAAGUAACAUAAGAAAUGGGAGUCUGCUCCUCCCUCACACCUUUCUCUGAAGGAAAUCCUCCCCUACUUCCCACAUCAUCGUUGUGCUGAAAAUUGAGAAUAUCAUGAAACAAACCCAUCGCCUCACCCAUUUUACCUUCAAAAGUCACUCCCAAUAGAGCACCCAUCUCCACCUCCACACCCUUAUCCCUCACCCACGCCUCCUCCAUGCCUUCAGCUCCUUUACCAGCAACACCUCCCACACACUCCCCCUUCGGUCCCACAAUAGUUAACGGAUUAAACAGACCUUCAGCCGGCUCAAUUUCUUCCCAUAGAACAAUUCCCAUCUCCCCAUCAAUAAAAGAGCCCAACAGCCUAGCCCAGUCAUCGAGAACAAAAGAAGAAAGAGAACUGCCAGCCAUUGGAGUCCCAAACUCCUCAUCCGACGCAUCACCCUUGAGCACCCGACUAUCAAUUGAAGGGAGAUAAAGCCCUUUCAAGGCCAAGUGUAGUCAAAGUUCAUUGAUCAAAACAACUACAACAUCAUUUUUAAGAUUGAUAUGAAAAUCUCGCCCCACACAGAGAGUGACACCCUCACAAUUCUCAUUAAGAGGGAGAAUUUGAGAGGACCCCAAGCUGUUACAAGGACGUCCCGCAUGAAACUUAUCCACACUCUCCUCAUCAACACCUAGCUUCGUAUCAACCUCAAAAACUGGUGACAAUUUUCUGGACACAGAAGUCAAGACUCCCUUCUCCACCCCCGAAAACCGCCUCAACACCCCACAAGAAGGAGUUGAAGAAGAGGAAGGAUCAGAAAGAGAAUGUCCAGUCAUAGAAUUGGACUUACCCGGAUCGCAAUCGGGCUGUUUACACAAUACCCAUUUCUGCUUAUCCUUACGAGUCCACCUUCUUCUAACUCCUGGUAGUUGAAUCUUCUUGGUUCUCAGUUGGUGCCCCUGCGAAUGAACUUUUGCAUGCUGAAUAGCUCUAUGAUCAGAACUGGGCAAAAGAGGAGAAUGGGGCAGAUCAAGAUGUUUGCCUAAUGGCCCAAAACGGUUACACAAAGCAGGCCCAGAGAAACCAGAGCCCAAAGAGUGAUCUAAAGGCUUAAUAAUAUGCAAAUUGUCCGCAUUGGGCUCACUUGAACAAGAGAGAGUGGGACGGGCUUGGCAGUUUAGCCCACAAGACAAUGGGACAACAGACACAGAUCUCAGCCCAGCUCGUGCCCUGAACAUGAAACAUUAGAUGUGUGACUUGUCUCGAUCGGCCCACAAGAUAAUAGGUUGAACAUGCUCUUAGCUACAGGCUAGAAGCUGGCCCCAACUCAUACCCCAAACCACAGCCCAACUUUGAAGUCUGGGGACCAGCACGUGCCGAAUGGUUUGAAAAAACAUGGGUGGCAGCUGUAUCCUAUCUUGAACGGGAAGUAAAUCUGUGCCAGCCACGUGUGUGGUUGCCCCUUCUCCCCCACUCACGCGCUGAUGGCGCGUGGAAAACGCCAUUGCGUCUUCUCCGAUCCCAACACAGCUCUGACGGAUGAGAUCCAAGACCUUUGAGACCUCCACUCUGUUUCUCUGGAAGACCUGUGUGCCGGCCAAGAUCCGACGAAGACGCGACACCCAUUCUUUUAUGAGUGAACAAACGUUUGAGGCAUGCAGUGUUUUGGAUCCACAACAAAUCCCUCAUUUCUUUCCAUUUAUGAAAAUCAAUCACCCCCUUGGGACCCUUAUGCUAUGUUUGGCAGGAAGGAAGGAAGAGGUAUGGAGAGAGAAUAGGAAGGAAGGAACGAACUUCCUUUGUUCGGUAGAGAUGAUACAAGGAAAGAAAGGAAAAUAGGAAGGAUGGCCCAUCAUUCCUUCUUUACAAAUUUUCAUCCGCCCAAAAAUGGACGGAAGAACGAAGGGAAGACAAGUGGACUGUUAUAGAAGUUUUAAAUUAAACACUAUCCAAAAUUAUACAAGUUUUAAAUUACAGUACUAUCCUCUAUAAAUUACAAUAUUAUAAAUAUUAUUGGAUAUAAUAGUAAAAACAAUUAAAACUUUCACUUCCUUCCCUCUUAACGAACAUAGGAAAUUAUAAUCUUAUUUUCUUCUCUUCUAUCCAAUCGAACAAAAGAAGGAAAUACAUAAUCUCUUCCAUAGGGAUGUCUCAUCCUUCCCUUCUCUUCUUUUUAUCCAAUUUUUUUCUUUCCUUCCGAACAAAGCAUUAGAGAGCAUAUUCAGCCAUUUAUCCUCCCUUAGCAAGUGAGAUCCAUCUCCUCCUUCUAGACUGUAGGUCGUUGGAACAAGCUCGGGAUGGGUCUCUUCCCACGCAGCUACUUUAUAGCAAAAUUGGUCGUUAUGUAUGAAAUUCACCGGCGGACAAGCGCGGCCAUCCGAAACAGUGAUGCGAACCCUCUCUGCAUCAAUGGAUUCAUCUGCGUACACCCAAAUAAAACCACCACAGAGAUCCCGACCGUCACAAAGAGGGCAUGGCACCAGAGGUGAAGAGGAAGACCGUACAACAUUACUCUCUUCAGCCCUUGCUCUUUCAAAACCUCAGAGUAGUCCACCCUAAAACUCCAUGAAUCAAUUCGUAGCGUGGCCUUCCCCCAGUCGUGGCAUCCCUCUUUAAGAACCCGUGCUGCCUCCGCCGGAGAGGGGAGGCAAAAGAGAAGCAGCUAAUCCGUUAAUGGCGACACCACCACGGCAGGUGAAACCUUCCAUACACGAGACGCCCAAGCUGCGAUUUGUGCCCGAUCUCCAACUUCCUUAUCAAAUUUGCCCACCAGGCAAGAUCGAAGGUCCUCCUUCCUCCUUCCAACCGAAUCAUCGUCCACAAAAAUCGAAGGGCCUCUGUAAGUGUUUGCAGAGUUAACAGUCCCACCCUGAAAAACACGCGGUAACCGAGCCACAUCCAAGAAAGAUCGCAUAAUAGAGGCACACACAGAAAGCUUUCUCAAAGGAAAUUCAGUAAAUUUCAAGUAUUUCUUAAAUAUUAUUAAUUGAUUUAUGAAAUAACAUAAUCAUCACGGCGACCCAACCUCACUCUCUUUUCCCUCCUCUCUUCAGCAGAGGAGUAGACUUGGCAGGAAUCAUGUUGAGAAGAACAAAUUGAUUCUUGUUAGAAUGCUGGGUCAUAUAGGUAGGUGGUUCAUGGGGUUUGGAGAUCUACCACUGGGGAAGGAGUGGAACUUAGAUCAAAUAAGUUUUGGUAUCUGGUAACUGGUAUCUGAAAGGUCAGCAAUCAUUUUAACUAGGGCAAAGGGGCUUUUCUUUUUUUGGGGCAUUUGGGUUUAUGGCCACCUUAAAAUGAAGGUUUGGUGGCUUAUUCACUUAGUUGAGAGUUUCUAGCUGGAAGAAGCGGUUUUGUGGCCUAGGUUUGUAUAAUAAUUCCUAGGAACAAAGAAUUUGUUAGGAAGAUUGAUUGUGGACAUCUCAUAGAGAAAGUUCUUUUUGGCAUUGGUGAUCAAUAGUACGAGGUACAAAAUUAAGGAAAAAUUGUGAGAUUUUGGGUUUGUAUGUGGGGAAACCUCAGUGUUGUUGGUGUUCGGUACUUGAGGGCUUUUUAAGUUAAUUGACCAUAUUGUCAUUAUUAGUGGACCUAGAAUCUGAUUCUAGCAGGACUUAUGAUUGGAGAGCACCCCUUUAAAUCAUUCUUCCAUGUUUUAAUUGUCCAAGUUUAAGGAAGCGCCAAUUUUUAUAUUGUUGUUUCUUGCAAUGGCAGUUUGAGUUGGAACUUUUAUUUAUACAGAAAUUUGAAUCACUGGAAACAUUUUAACUUUUGUACCUUCUUUUCAGUCUUGAAAACAUCUCUCUUCUCUUCUCUUCUGCUUUUAAUGGAAGAUGUCGGUGUAUUUUGCAUCAGUUACUGGUGAAACCACUGCUCUUUUGUAUUCAAUUAACUUGAUAUAGAAAAUAAAAUGCCUCUAAAUGUCAUGGCUUUGCCUGAAUGGGACCAUGGAUAUUGGUGUAGUCCAAGACGGGAAGAGGAUGUAGUUCCUGACGCUUGUCUGGUAGAGCUACUCAGUUCCGGCAUGUAAUUGAAUAGCCAUACGGGUAGUCAAUGCUACUAAAAAUUUAUCGAGGGACAAUCCUGGGUAAUGAUCUCAUGGUCAUCAAUAGAUCAAGGCAAGCUAUUGAGGGACAUCAAAUAACCCUAUGAUCGAUAUUGCAAACUGACUCUAGAGACAAUUGAAAACUGACCUCCCUUACAGAGUUAAAGAUUCUGAAGUGCGGGUGCUUCUGUAAGGGAUGCAUGUCCAUAUUGUAUCCAUAUUGAAUAUUGAAUCUCUUUAGAUACCUGUGGAUAUGUGUCAGAUGCUUCCUAAACAUAUCCAUAAUUUGAUUUUUUUUUUUU